AAUUAAUUAUGGGUCCUCCACCUAAUUAUAUUAUCACUAGAAAAUUGAUUCGUCAUUUCUUUAGGAGAUAUUUACCUUAACAACCAAUCACUAAAGGCAAUGAAGCUCAAGAUUUAGCUUAAGCUAUAGUAAUUACUCUCUCUAUUUUAGGCUAAACAUGGAAUCGAUCAUCCAUAAACUAAAAUUGCUUUAGAUCGUUUUGAUACUUCUGAAACAGAGUCUAAAAAAUAUAGAGAUAAAUUAGAGGCUAUGAAAAUCUAAUAAAAAGUUAUGAGCACUCUUAAAACUCCUUUUUACCAUUAUCAUUAAAAGGGAAGAUUUAGAAAUGAUCUAUUUCCAAAAGAAUGGACCAUUUAUCAUGGAGUCAAAUGAAAAUUGAUUUAUCAGAGCAUUAAUAUAAAGGCAG